CCUCAGCCCUCAGGCGUGCGCCACACUGUUUUCCUCGCUAAUUUUAGCCACGAGCAUGCAAAUUCAGGAAGGAAUUGAAGGCAUAUCUUUUAAUGGCAUCCACGGUACUACUACUACUGUACGUAUCAUGCGAACUGAAGAAUUAAUGGCGGAAACGCCUGCUCCAGCGCUUAAGAGCUAAGCAAACGACGGCCAGCUACUAACCUCUUCCACCCCACCCCCACCGCACCCCGCCCCCUAUCGGAGAGAAACAAUAAACUACAGGACGCGGCGCCCCUCCCCCAGCCCAGCUUCUUCCAGUACUUUCUCUAACGUCUCUCUCUCUUUCCUCCGUCGCCGUCGCGGAGAGCGGGGGCGGAUCAUGGCGGAGCACGGCGAGGAGGAGGCGGCGACGCUCGAGUUCACGCCCACGUGGAUCGUCGCGCUAGUCUGCUCCAUCAUCGUGCUCAUCUCCCUCCUCGCCGAGCGAUGCCUCCACUACCUCGGCAAGACGUUCAAACGGAAGAACCAGAAGCCGCUCUACGAGGCCAUCCUCAAGGUCAAAGAAGAGCUGAUGCUUCUCGGGUUCAUCUCGCUGCUGCUGACGGUGUGCCAGGGGAAGAUCCAGAACAUCUGCAUUCGUCCUAGCUGGACACUCCACAUGCUGCCAUGCCAAGGGGGGGACGAGGUCCGGGCCGGUGAAGCGUCACCGACAAAGGAGCAUCUUGUUACAGCCCAGAUCAUCGGCAGAAUCGGGAGGCGGCUGCUCAGCGGGGGCGCGGCGGAAGCCGACGUCUGCCGGUCGAAGGGAAAAGCUCCGUUGAUGUCCCUUGAAGCUAUACACCAGUUGCAUAUUUUCAUAUUUGUGCUGGCUAUUACACAUGUUGUAUUCAGUGUUUUGACGAUGCUUUUAGGAGGUGCAAAGAUACAUCAGUGGAAACUGUGGGAGGAUGCAAUUCAGAAAGACACUGCAGGAAAUGGGCCCAAGAAGGUGAACAAUGUACACAAUUUCGAAUUUAUCAGGGAGCAUUUUAAGGGUAUUGGCAAAGAUUCUAGAAUAUUGAGUUGGCUGCAUUCUUUUUUCAAACAGUUCUAUGGAUCAGUAAGUAAAACCGACUACACGACAAUGCGUCUUGGUUUUAUCAUGACCCACUGCCGUGGAAACCUGAAAUUCGAUUUCCAUAAAUACAUGCUGCGGGUUUUAGAGUCCGAUUUUAAGAAGGUGGUAGGGAUAAGCUGGUACUUGUGGGUCUUCGUGGUGAUCUUUCUGUUGCUGAAUGUUAAUGGGUGGCACACAUACUUUUGGAUUGCAUUCAUUCCCCUUAUUCUUCUGCUAGCCGUGGGCACCAAGUUGGAGCACGUCAUAGCUCAGUUAGCCCAGGAUGUAGCUGAGAAGCACUCGGCGGUCGAGGGCGAUUUGAUCGUAAAGCCAUCGGAUGACCACUUCUGGUUCGGGCGGCCGAGGAUCGUCCUGUUCCUGAUCCAUUUCAUCCUCUUCCAGAAUGCCUUUGAGAUUGCAUUCUUCUUUUGGAUACUGACCACCUACGGAUUCAACUCCUGCAUCAUGGGGCAAGUUGGCUUCAUUGUGCCGAGGCUUGUUAUUGGGCUCAUCAUUCAGCUUCUCUGCAGCUACAGCACCCUGCCUCUGUAUGCAAUUGUAACACAGAUGGGGAGCUUCUACAAGAAGGAGAUCUUCAAUGAGCAUGUGCAGCAGGGUGUCCUGGGUUGGGCUCAGAAGGCCAAGAUGAAGAAGGGAUUCAAGAAGAGCAAUGGCGCGGCAGAAUCGACGAGCCCCGUUGGUUCUGCAGGGCCUUCUGCUAAGGUUGAGAUGGUGAGACGACCAGCGGGGCAAGGCAACGAUGCUGGUGAAAGCAUAGAAUGAUGUAGUAUGGGUAGUGAGUAGUGUUGUCUAGAGCAAUGGCGUCUAUGAUGUCUAUUUUGGUGCUGCAAUGAAAGCACUUAAGCGUGUGCUAUCAUUAUGCAAAUAGUUCUUGCAGCCGUAAAACAUUGUGGUGGCAAGGGGUAAAAAGAAAUUCGGUCCAAAUA